AUGCGUCAUCUCCGGUUGCAGGAUGCUGCCCGUACACUCUGGAUAGAUGCCAUUUGCAUCGACCAGCAAAACGUGGCUGAAAGGAGCGAGCAGGUGGGCAAGAUGGGGCAGAUAUACAGCUCAGCCACGCGGGUGCUGGUCUGGCUGGGGCCAGCAUCGCUGGACAGCGACUUGGCCAUGGGGCUUGUGGACCACCUUGGCAAGGUUUUGCGUUUCGAUCCUCUAUCUGGGACUUUCAUGUCGACAUCGGUUGGGGCGACCGAGCCUCACUGGGCUCAUAUCACUGAGCCACUUCCUUAUGAGCUUCCUCAACUCUGUGCCUUGGAGAGUCUGUUCGCAAGGCCGUGGUUUGAGAGGCUAUGGGUGGUCCAGGAAGUCCUCACGAGUACGGAAGCCAUAGUGAUUUGUGGUAGACAACAGACAAGUUGGCAAUCUAUCAUCGUCACUGUGUGCUGUCUGGUUAGGAAGGACAGCAAAAUGAGGCGAGAAGGGCGGACCUCUCGUCUCGUGCAAAUCGAUACUGUCUUCGACACAAGCUUGGAUCACAGGCUCUUGCACCUGGUAGAUCGCACACGGACGCUACAAUGCACAGACGACAGAGACAGGAUAUAUGCAGUACUAAGCCUCGCCAAGGAUAAGGUGCAGAUCAAGCCAGACUAUUCCCUAUGUACGAUUAAGGUCUUUGGGGAGCUCGUUGUCCACGUGUUUAACCAGCGCAACGCGGCAUUCCUUGCUUAUUGCGAUCUAGGCAGUCGAAGGCUUGAUGGCCCCAGUUGA